UCAUUCAUUAUAAUAUUGUCUGGGUCGAUAUUUAUUUCAAAUAAGUCUCAAAAUGUUCAAAUAUUUGUUGGUUUUACUAAUAACAAUCGGCCUUGUAAUAGCUGUGGCAAUAACAAUAAUAUUCAAACUUCUCGUCAAAAAGCCUUUUCAAAUAACAAAACUACCGCACCUUGCAUUCAAAAAUGUAAUCAAUCUAAUGGCUAUUAAUGAAGCAGUCAAUAUGGCUGAGACCUCAAAAAAUGUUCGAAGCAGAUUGAAACAAGUGAAUCGUAAAAUUUUCAAACUAAUCAUUGAAUGCCACGAGGACUUUUCUGGCGUGGAGAAUGCUCCCUUUUGUCAAAGAGUAAUAGUUUUGGACACAGAGAGAAAUACGCGAUUUGUGUAUCAAUUUAUGAUGAAUGAAGCACGAAAACAAAGAAUCGACUGGGCAACACACUAUGACGUCAAUUACUAUAUCAACUUUUUUUGCACGAACUACAAGAAAGAGAACAAGUUGCCAUGUAUGCCUUAUAAAACUUCACAAGAGUUAAUCAGUUACUUGAGUAUUUUAAAUGACUCAUUUUCAAUCGAUCAUGUCGAUUUGGCAAUUGACCGCGAUAGAAUGUUUGGGGAAUAUCGGUGCGCGUUGGAGCACCCUUUAAUUCGAAAAUGCCAUUUUCUCAAACUACUUGGAGAUGAUUCGUACAUUACUACAGAAGAUAUGAAAUUUAUAUUAAAUUAUCUUGAUUUGAAGCAUGGACUUCUUAUUCGCUGUUUACAAUGCCCCUUGUUCAACUCAAAACUGUUGUUUAACAUUCCUCGGUUGGAUUUGUAUAGAAACCAAUACUUCACUGUAGACGAUUUGAAAAAUAUGAAGUGUGAAAAGAUCCGAUUGUUUAAUCUUACAAUGAUGCCGAAAAAACUUAACAAGUACAUUGCCUAUUGGCUAGCCGGCAACUUGCCGAAAUUACGAAGAUUUCAAUUGAACUCUUGGUUUGAUGGAUGGACUGAUGAUUUAUUAAAUGGUUUACCACAUUCCAAAUGGAAUCCGAGACGUCGAGCAAAAGUCUACUGGUGA